AGUUUGCUAGGCUGACUGUUGAGGCUGAGGUUAAACUUCAUGUCGCAACUGGCUGGUUUUGAAAGAGUUAAUAUUAGCUUUGUGCCAAGCAGUGUUUUCUUAACGUGGUUCAGUUAGCAGCGUGUUUUGUGUUGACAAGAGUUAAGCAAAUUGUGUUGGCUAACUCGGCUUAUCCGUCGUGUGAAUAGUCCUACUCUGGCGGUAUUUGUGAGCUGGGUUGCAUAACUACGUAUGACACAAAUGAGGAUAGAGUUGAGUAAAAAAGCCGUUACUCUCCUGAAGAGCUCGUUACAACAGCCCAGCACUACAGCUGAGGCUCUUGGCCUUUUACUAACUUAAUGUAUCACACCUGGCGUCACAUAUGAUCAAGAUUUAAAAUGAAGCGUCUUCAUGUUGGUGGACCUUGUCCAGGUGAUUGCUCUGCCUUACUUCAGCCAGAAGAGUAAACUUAACGUUACUCUUACUGCAUCAUCAUCAUCAUCAUCAUCAAGAUCGACGACAUCAUCACCAUCAUCAUUUUGACAUCAUUGGACUUGGGCAGGAAGUUUAAUUUGAUCGAAUAACGCAGCACAGCCAUGAUGAAUCUGUGGACCAAAGCAGGUGUUGUAGGUUCUGUGUCGAUGGCUUUUGGCUCAAUGCUGUGGUCCCAGAAGAAGACUGAAUCAGACCAGGCUGCUUCUAGUUGCACCUCUGCUGACACGAACCCAAGUUCUCCCUACGAACUAAAAUUGGUCCAAGUCCUGUUCCGACAUGGUGCUCGAACGCCACUAAAGUCCAUACCUGAUGUGAUGGAGGUUCAGUGGGUGCCGACGCUCUUGGAGCCUCCAGCGCACACCCACAUCAACUAUGUAGUGACAGAUCUUAAUGGUGGCCCGAAGCCCCCGGCUCCUGUAGAAGACAGCUAUAGAAGAAACGUACUGACCGGUGGCACGUUCCCCGGUCAGCUGACCACAUUGGGCAUGCAGCAGCUGUAUGAGCUGGGCAAGAGGCUGCGGAGGAAAUACAUUGAGGAGAGCAAUUUCCUCAGCUCCACCUUUAGUCCUGCUGAGGUCUAUGUGCGCUCCACUAACAUUGUGAGGACCAUUGAAUCUGCCAAGUGCCUGGUAGCAGGCCUCUUCCAGCAGAAACAAAAAGACAUUGUGCCCAUAUUAACAACGGAAGCAGAAUCUGAAAUCCUGUAUCCUAACUACCACGGAUGCAAGAUGCUCAAAAUCCUUGGCAGCCACCGCUGGGCAGAGUCGUCCACUCUGCCAGACAUCGCAGCAGACCUGCAGAGCAUCCAGAGCGCGCUGGGCAUUGCUGCUCACCAGCACAUCGACUUCAUCCUCAUUAGGGACGACAUGGUUGCCAGAGAGACCCAUGGCCUGCCCUGCCCACCAGCACUGGACACCUGGAGGAAUAAAGUGGAGCAGAGAGCAGUGGACAUGAUGUGCCAUGUGUAUGAACCCAGCAAGAGGGAGAACUUGCAGCUGUGUGUGGGACCCCUCCUGCACAUAUUGUUAACCAACGUCGAAGAGAAACUACAGGGCACUUCAUCAGAGCCAAACAGGAAGUUGUUUCUGUAUUCUGCACAUGACACAACUUUGAUCCCCUGUCUGAUGGCUCUGGGAAUUUUUGACAUGAGAUGGCCACCGUAUGCCGCCGAUAUCACACUGGAGCUGCACCAACACCAGCAGACCAAUGAGGCCUUUGUCAAAGUGUCAUAUAUAGGCCAGGAUCAACUUAUACCAGGUUGUAGCGGAGUCUACUGCCCCCUGGAUGAGUUCAAACAGGCCCUGUCAGCAUACUCGCUCAGCUCUGAACUCUACAAGUCACUUUGUAAUAACACCGAGGGCUUGACUGAGCCCUGAACCUUCAACAAACCUUCACAUCUCAACACAGUACGCCUCACAACGGUAGACUCUCACAGUUAACCACACAUCAUGGUUUUUUUUUUUGUUGUGUUUUUGGGUUGUUUUAUUUUUUGUCAAACCAUCCAUCCACCCUAUUCAUGAUACCCGCCUAUGGGACUGCAGUGGGAGAAAUGAGACAUUUAAUUUCAGGAUUCCUCAUCUCCAUGUAACCAUGGCAGUAAAUUGUUCCAUAUAGGUAAAUUAAUUUAAUGAUUAUGGCAUAUUGACAAAUGUAUGUUUUUAAUAAGUUUGCUAUACAGUGUAUGACUGAUUAUCGGAUAAUGAGUUGCAUAGAUGUCCAUUUGCAUGCAUUUCAUCUGUUUGGCUUAAUGAUGGCUGGCAUCAUUCCUUGUCUUUCUUACUGUCAACUAACAUCAACAUUGUCUGCCCAUUUUCCAGCAGCUUCAAAAAUCUCUGAAAACAGCUCAGAAACAUGUAGGCUGUUGUUCUGGCUUAACUACAAAAUUUGAUGUACUAGUGAGUAUUUAAGACACCAGGACUAUGUACGGCAAGUCUGAUUGACACAGUAAAGUACGUUUUGUGUUCACUGCAAUCAAGGAACAUGUCACCCGGUGAAAGUGUGGCUCCUUUAUGUUGUAGUUUUAGUUAGUUUUUAGGGGAAUGUGGUACAGAGGGUUAAACUACAUUGCUCUCCCCUACAGUAUUGGUUAGGCAUUGACAGGAAAAAUACAGAGUAUUAUCAGUUUUCUCCUUUUAAGUUCAAACUGUGGAUCGAUGUUGAAUUAAAAUAGGGACAUCUUGCAGUGUUGACAAAUAUGGUAUCAUCAGUGCCUGUAUUUGAUUGCUGAUGCAAUUAUUUUUCCCAUCUGGUUGUGUUCACAGUCAAAUCUGUCAUAUUAAAACAUUUCCUUCUCAGGGGAAUACUAA